GUAGAUUGAGUUUUUGCUGAACUCUGAAGGUUUCUUUUAGGCUAGUUUCUUGUAAGGGAUUAGUAGUGUGUGUGUGUGUGUGUGUGUGUGUGUGUGUGUGUGUGUGUGUGUGUGUGUGUGUGUGUGUGUGUGUGUGUGUGUGUGUGCUACUGCUUUAGCCCACUUGAACAUCCCACUAAGCACUAAGCACGUAAUAUUAAAGCUGACCUUUCGGUUCUCUCCUGCCUUUUGCAUUCUCUGUUUCUUUGGAGGACGUAUUGGGCCACUGCUCCAGAAACAGCUUGGUUGUUUAUUAACGUGCAUGAUUAACGUUGGUCUGGAUUCAGUGGGCCUGGGGCUUUUUUUUUUUUUUUUUUUACCCCAUCACAAUCCAAUGAGCUCUAACAACCAGACUGACCUUUCUAUAUCAGUUGAUUAUCAGAGGCCUCUAAAUUAAAAUGGCACCAAGCAAUUUACACAAAAUAAAACCUGACUAGACUUGAAUACAUAAUUUUGGUGUCAUUUAAACCACAUUAAUUGCUCAAUAGAAGAGCUUGCUAGGAUUAUAUAAGCUGCCUUAUAUUUUGAUGUUGUUUAGCCACUAUUAAACUAUUUUAAAAGAACUAUGUAAUUUAAUACAAUCUUAAGGGUAUGUCGUUUAUUAUGUAAUUAAAUAUUUACAUUCCUCAGUUUACUCGCUCAGGUCUUUAGGUUUAGGACGUUUAUUUAGUAGUAGCUAAAGUAGCUUUAAGCCAUGCUUAAAGAAUUCAAUAAUUAUUUAAGCGAUAGAUGACUUGUUUUUCCUGUUUAUCACGUGCUACUCACUUUUUUUUCUCUCUCUGCAGAAUUUGCUUGCAUUAGUAAUGCAUCUUAAUCUAAUUGGAAAUGGGCUUGUUUAUUUAUUACUGAGGACGAGCAAAAGGAUCUGUUUUUUUUCUGUCAGUUUUUAAACCGUUUUACAUUUUUCUUCUUAAAUCUGGCAUUACGAAAACGGAUUUAACUUUAUAGGGAGGUGUAAAUAGGCUAUAUAAUUUUAUUGGGUACAACUCCUUAUUUUAAAACUAAGAUUUUGUUACAAUAUAUAUUUAUUGCAAUUCAGUCUGAUUCUGUUCCAUAGUGCCCAUUGUGUGUCAUUCUUGAUAUUCCCGACAUUUACGAAUUGCACUGCCGAUAAUUGUCAGCUCAUGAAUGUUAAUUAAGUCACGCCGAUGCUACCGACGUAAGAUAAUUAAUAUUCAUAAGCCAAGCCACACUCACUGGACAGUGCGUUGGAGCCACGCCCCGUCCCCCGCCGCAUGGAUGUUUCAGUCCAGCAUCUCUGAGCACUGACAACAGGAAGGAUUUGACCUCGCUGCACAGGAGGACGACACGCGCAUCUGCUUGCAGGUAAGGACCUAGACUUAUUAAACUUGACCAUGGCAAACCGAGGACCCAGUUAUGGACUGAGCCGUGAGGUGCAGGAGAAGAUCGAGCAGAAGUAUGACCCAGAGCUAGAGUCUCGACUGGUGGACUGGAUUGUCGCUCAGUGUGGAGGAAAUAUAGAGAAACCACAACCGGGGAGGCAAAACUUUCAGAUCUGGCUAAUGGAUGGCACUAUCCUCUGUAGACUCAUUAACAGUUUGUAUCCGCGUGGUAAGGAGCCUAUUAAGAAGAUCCCAGAGACUCAGAUGGCCUUUAAGCAGAUGGAAAAGAUCUCCCAGUUCCUGCAGGCAGCUGAAGCUUAUGGAGUGAUAACCACAGACAUUUUUCAGACAGUGGACUUGUGGGAAGGAAAAGACAUGGCAGCCGUCCAGAGAACACUAAUGGCCCUGGGUAGUGUCGCUCUUACAAAAGACGAUGGACUUUACCGAGGUAACCGGGACUGGUUUCACAGGAAAUCUCAAGGCAACCGGCGAGAGUUUUCUGAGGAGCAGUUGCGGCAGGGUCAGAAUCUGAUUGGCUUACAGAUGGGCAGUAACCGUGGGGCAUCUCAGGCUGGCAUGACUGGUUACGGCAUGCAUCGGCAGAUUAUGUAAAACUAUACUAGUGCCCAGCAACACCCAGAAGACCUUAAACCCUCUCACCCCAGCCCUCAACCAAGCAGUGUUCCUUGAUGGUGCAUCUGUUUGAUGAAGAGGAGCAGUAUUAGUAAUGUCAUAAACUGAAGCAUAAUUUUAAGAUAUUAGAGCAUGCUAGGCAUACCUAUUUCAAGUUUUGUUUGCUCAGCUUAUGAUAAAAAUAUAUUUAUUUAUUUGUAAAUGUAUGCAAAGUGAUAAAAGUUUUAUCUAAGCAAGUCAAAACAACUGCCUUAUUCUCUAUGAGCAGACAGUGUGUUGAUAUACCAAAUAACAGACAGCAACAGUAUACUUGUUUACACAGUGUUUGAAUGUACAGUAAAGGACAAACGUUUGCCCUUGCAAAUACUGUAUUGCACCUGUUGUUAUUUCUGGGUUAUUGUGAUCAGUUCUUUUGCUGUUUUAAUAGCAAAAGUUAAAAAGUAAAAGAUAUCAAUGCACAUACUAACCAGAAGUACUGUAUGCAGAUUAAUGAUAGUCAUAAAUGUAGAAAUAUACUAAUUUGUGUUGUCCAUCAUUGUUGUGUGUGAACAUUCCAUGUCAGUUUCAUAAGCUUGGUUUUGAUGAUCAUGUUUGAUGUGUAAAUAUUUAAUAAAUU